AGCUCAGAUUCGUAGGCUGAAAUUCUCUCUAUUGUGCUGGAGAUCUGAAGGGAUUAAACUGGGGCUCUCCUUUUCACUGUUUGGGAGACGACUUUAGCAUUUGCACGUCUGUAGGAAUGGGGCCAUCGAUAUCCUUUGAGGAGGUGGCCGUGUUCUUCACAGAGGAGGAAUGGGCUCUGCUGGAUCCAGGCCAAAGAGCUCUCUACUGGGAAGUCAUGCAGGAAAAUUACGAGACUGUGGCCUCUCUGGCAGGAGAUGAGUGGAUGAUGGAGAAUGAGAGGGAUCCAGAAGUGGUGUCUGCAGAAAGGGAUGAGGAUCUAGAGGCAGAAGAGGAAGCUAAGAAACUAGAAGGAGCCAAGAGGCAGUGGAGAAGGAUAUCAGAAGCCGAGCAGCAGAAAAGGAUGGAAUUGGUUGCUUGUCAGGACAGGAACCUGCAUGAGAUCCCAAUACAAGACAAAACACAGAAGGGAAGGAGCAGGAAUAAGAGUCUUGUGAACGGGAAAGAUUUCUGCUGUAGAGCCAGUGAUAAGAAAAAUCAAAAAAUCCAAAGAGGCGAGAAACCGUAUGUAUGUAUGGAGUGUGGAAAAACCUUCAGUCAUAGUAAAAGCCUUACCAAACAUAAAAGAAUUCACACAGGGGAAAAACCCUAUCAGUGCUUAGAAUGUGGGAAGAGCUUCUGUUGGAGAGACAGUCUUAAUUCACAUCGACACAUUCACACUGGGGCUAAGCCAUUUAAAUGCUUUCAUUGCAGCAAGAGCUUUUCUGAUAAAUCAAGACUUAAUACACAUAAUAGGAUUCAUACUGGGGAAAAGCCGUACAAAUGCACCGUUUGUAACAAGAACUUUAUUGCAAGUAGCAGCCUUAUUUCACAUCAAAGAAUUCACACAGGGGAAAAACCAUAUGCAUGCUCUGAUUGUAACAAGAGGUUUUCUGAUAAAACAAGUCUUACUCAUCAUAAUAGGGUUCACACUGGGGAGAAGCCAUACCAAUGCUUGGAGUGUGAAAAGAGCUUUAGUCGGAGAAGCAACCUUACUUCACAUCAACGAGUUCACACUGGGGAGAAGCCAUUUAAAUGCUUGGAGUGUGGAAAGAGCUUCUCUUGGAGUGGCCAACUAACUGUACAUCAGUGGAUUCACACAGGGGAGAAGCCAUAUAAAUGUUCGGAAUGUGGAAAGAGCUUUUCUUGGAAUGACCAGCUAACUGCGCAUCAAAGGAUUCACACAGGGGAGAAGCCAUAUAAAUGCUUAGAGUGUGGAAAGAGCUUCUCUUGGAAUGGCCAACUCACUGUGCAUCAAAGGAUUCACACGGGGGAGAAGCCAUAUAAAUGUAUGGAGUGUGGAAAGAGCUUCAUUCGGCGAGAUCACCUUAGUUCACAUGAACGAAUUCACACUGGGGAAAAGCCAUUUAAAUGCCCUGAAUGUACCAAGAGCUUUUCUGCCAAAUCAAGCCUUAAUAAACAUAUGGGGAUUCACACAAGUAAGAAGAUAUAUAAAUUCUUAGAGUGUGGAAAGAGCUUUCCUAGUCAGUCAAGCCUUAUUAAACAUCAGAGGCUUCACACAGGAGAGAAGUGAUAAAGACACUUAGAGUGUAGAAAAAGCUUUCUUGGUCAGUCAAGACUUUUUAAACAUUGAGAAUCACAGAGGGGAGAAACCAUAUAUAUGUUUGGAGUGUGGAAAGAUCUGUAGUAGAGAUUGGCUUACUUCACAACAAAGAAUUCACAGAGUGGAGAAGCCAUUUAAAAGCUCAGAUUGUAGCAAGAGCUUUAUGAUAAAACAAGCCUUAUUAAACAUAAGAGUCACACUGGGGGAAGACAUAUAAAUGCACAGUAGGGGUAUGCAAAAACUAAACAAAUGAGCUGGGAAAACACCUGGAAAUUACUGUUUCAUUUUGUUAAAAUAGCUUCCAGAAGAAUGAACCAAAUCCAGGAAACCAAGUUAUAAUGGCACACUUCCACCCAAAAGUUUGAGUGGUUCAGUUCAUUCCUUGCAGCAGCAGCACCACCACAAGACACUGGGCACGCAUGGCAGUAUCGUUUUCUUUAACAGCAUUCACCGAUCCGAUUCCAAGGGGAGAGAGACCUUACAUUAUUAAUUAUUAAUUAACUCUGUGGGCGGGAAAGAGGAAUGAGCACAAUGCACACAAGUGCAUCUUUUCCUCCUGUUGCUACCCAGGCAAUGGCACUGUCUCCCUGCGAAUUGGUUCCUUGCAAGGGGAGAUCCCUCUCUGACUAUCAGCUUUGGAAACUUUUGGAAGGAGGAAUGUACAGACUUCAAUCGUGAGCUGCCAUCUGGGAGUAAGCACUAUUAAAUAACAUGGGACCCACAUCUGAGUAGACCUGCAAGAAUGUACCUUGGGUUGUUUCACAGCACUCCCUAGGCACUGAUCUGUCUCCCCUUCCCCCUCAAAAUCAAGGCACUUGGAUUGUCACUGUGAGGAAAAGUGCUGUGGGGUGUGUGAGCGUGCAAAUGGUCUGUUCAAUCAAUCCAACUUGAUAAAAGCCCUGGAAGACUUCAAUCAUAGGCUGCAAUUCUAAAGACACUUCAUUGGGAGUAAGCACAAGGAAACAUGGUACCAAAGGUAAUCAUUUAUUGACACUAUAGAAAAAGUGUGAACAUAAAGCAGGAUUCUUUUUAAUGCCACUACCUUCACCCAACUAUCACUUAGCCAGCCAGUUUCUCAUCAUGGUGAGCGCUGGCCAACACUCACCUUCAGGGUGCGUUGUGUGCGUAGUGUAACGGGAAAAACUAGGUGGGUUGAUGGUUUAGAGGGAGGAUUGUGUUCUGUACGAUUUUGGUGCCAUUAAGUGCAAAAACAGCUGCCCCAAAGAGCCUUGAAUCCUGCAUUGCAAAGAAUGGGGCCAAAACUCACAAUAACAAAAAAAAAAACCCCAAAUGGAUUAGAUCCAAGUUGGCAAUGACCCAGCUGGGGAAAAAAAAAAACAGUAACAGUGCUUAGUUUGGAUCCCCCAGAUCCGCAACUGAAACAGUUUUUUUCAGUGCACGCCUCUAAUGCACAGUUUGUAGAGACAACUUCAGUGGAAGUAACAGCAUCAAAGAAUUCACAUGGUAGAGAAAACAUACAGGCUCUGAGUGUAACAACAGGUUUUCUGAUAAAAUAUAGGAGUGUUCACACACGGGAGAAACCAUACAAAUACUUGGUGUGGAUCAGAACCAGACACCUUAACUCCCAUCUCUUGCUUCACAGAAGUGAGAAAGCACACCAGUGUUUAGAAUGUGGGAAGAGCUUCAUUCAGAGAGAGAGUGUUAGGUCAUAUUGACAUUGGUGAGAAGACAUAUAAAUGCUCGACUGUGUAGCAAGAGGUUUUCUAAUUAACCAAGCCUUAAUAAACACACGGAUCCAUGCAAGUAAAAAAGGCCUAGUGAGUGAAAAGGGCUUUUUUCAGAAUACCCACCAAAUUACACAUCGAAGUGUUCACCUAGGGGAGAAGCCACAUAAAUACUUGCAAUGCAAGAAGACCUUUAUCCGGAGGGACUGUUUCUUUACACAAAAGCAUUCACACAAGAAAAGCUAUAGGGAAGCUAAAAUUGUAGUAAGCGUUUUCUCAGAAAUUGACACUACAUCUGAGGGUUCUCCCAGAGAAACUAUAUACAUGUCUUCAAUGUGGAAAAGGCACCUGUUGGAAUGCAAGCCUCAGUCAACAUAAAGAAAAGCAAGCAAAAACACUUCCCAUUGUCCAAUCUAAGUUUUGCAUUCUGAUUAAAUCACUAAAUUUUCUAUCCUCAAAAUCUUGUAAACCGUGUGGAAUAGGGCUGGGAAGUAAGAUGUAGUACCACACUCUUACCGUUUUUUAUUUGAAUAAUAAACAGUGCAAUCCUAAGGGGAGUUACCCCUGUCUAAGCCCAUUGAAGUCAAUGGGCUCACACUAGAGUAACUCUCUUUAGGAUUGCACUGAAGAUCUGUUUUCUUUCGGUGUAUUGGAAUUGGCAGGUUUCUAAUUCUUGUAAUAACACUAGUAUCAGGAAAGCCGUAUAUCUGCUGAAUUGGAAUUCUGGGUUGGCUUUUCUUUUCUGCAUUGAUAAAUUGUAAUGUAAAGUUGGGGAGAGUUUCUUCUGGCUUUUGCAGAUCUUAAGGAGGUGUUUUUAUUCUUGUGGCAAGCUGCUUUGUGAGAUGUUUCAACUAAGAAAAUGGGCCAUGCAUAUUUCUGAAAUUUAUUUUCUUUAAGUAAAGAGUCCCAUUAUUCCAGCGAUGUCAUGUUAUAUUUAUUUUUCUUGUACAAUUGCAUGCUUUUCCUGUAUAAUAGCUGAUUGCUAUUCAGAAACAGAAGAUUACUCUGAGCCCAACCAGAAACUGCACAGAUCUACAUAUGGCAGAUUCUGUUGGUAACAUGAGUUUAUUAAAUAAUAGGUUUUGGAAUCAACUCUCACACCCUUCCCUGUUCCUUCUUCCUCUGGGAAGUCAGAAAAAAAUCUAUGGCUAUCCCAAUCCUCUGUCUGGCAACAACAACCCUUCCACUUGUUCCCGGGGGUACCAAAAACUAACUAAAUAACUGCCGGCUGCCACCAAUUGCUCUGAAAAUAUUUCCUGCUAAACGGAGUCCUACAUCUCACGUUCUGCAGCUGUGUUGCUAUUCAGGGGCCGACUAUGCCCCAGCAGCACCGGAGACCACUCUGCCAGAGCCUGCAAGCAAUUCCUUGCUGUCUGCCUCAGCGAUCACCACUAGGCCCCUGCCAGGCAGGACGCAAACCUGGGCCCAUACCCCUUAGGAUCACCUCCCACGCUGCAGGAACGGUGGUGGUGAAAUGCCCAGGCAGAAGUGGCACAAAGCAGGCAAAGUGUGAGUCUGGUUGGCAUACCUCUUCCCUGCAGACUCCCAACACAGCACUGAGUGUGAUACUUCCGCACAGGAUCCUGGUCAGACCACAGUGUAGCCUCCUAGCUCCACAGAUCAGCAAAUGCAGCUGAGCCGGUUCACUCCUCAGCCUAUUUAGGCUGAGGCUUGAGAGCAGUGUGUUGGUGGCUCAAUUGUUCCACUAGCUGCAAGCGUUGUACGCCAGGCACCAGCGAGUCUGUGCCUCUGAGGCCAGCCAAGUGAAUGAAUGGCUCUUGAGGAGUUCAGCUGAUCAGGCACAGGACAGACAGCGUCUUCUUUACACGGGCACCCAUUUGAGUCUCCCAGUGGGGAGGGGAGAUCAGAUGCUCAACAUUGGUAAAUUCCCAGUAGGCUAGCAAUGUUUCCAUUUCAUUUAUUUUAUUAAUCUACACCCUUGUCCUGUAAUCUGUAUUUUAUCUAGAA